AAUCGAAUAACAGGGUGUACCCAAUAACGAUAAAUAACGAUUACAACACGUGUUGUUAUUAAUAUAAAACCUUUUCUUUUGCCUAACACAAAAAAUGGGCAAACCAAAGAAAUCGAACGUGGCGAUUAUUAAAAAUGUCAGUUUAGAGAAUCAAAUCAUCGAGGGCAAAGUAACCAAGCCGAAGAAGAACAAGGACAAGGAUAAGGUCAAGCUGCGCGCCGAGGAGUCACCAAAUAUCGAUGCGAAGAGCAGUCAGAAAAUAUUGGCGGCAGCCAGACAACAGCAACUGGAGCUGGACGAAGAAAAUUUUCCAAGUUUGACGCCCAGAAAAAAUGUCAACUUUAAUUUGAAAGAUGCCAGCGAGCAGGAAGAGGGCGAAGUGAAUGAAACUGAUUUUAUGACCGACCUGGAUAUGGAUGAUGAUGAUGUCGCUGCCUUCGAACGCUUUCAACAGCCGGCAACAACAAAGGAGGGCAAACGCAGCCAGCAUUUGGCCGAGAUGAUUAUGCAAAAGAUACAGGAAAAGGGCGCCGAUAUCCAUACGAAAAUCUCCGAUGAGGGUUCGCUGAAGAUCGAGGAGAUCGAUCCCAAGGUUAAGGAAAUGUACGAGGGUGUACGCGAUGUGCUCAAACGUUAUCGCAGCGGCAAAAUACCCAAAGCCUUCAAGAUCAUACCCAAGCUGAGGAACUGGGAGCAAAUAUUAUUCAUAACGGAGCCGCACAAUUGGAGUGCCGCCGCCAUGUUUCAGGGCACCCGAAUCUUUUGCUCCGUCCUGUCGCAGGCGAUGGCCCAGCGUUUCUACAAUUUGGUGCUGUUGCCGCGCAUUCGCGACGAUCUCUGCGAAUACAAGAAACUCAAUAUGCAUCUGUACAAUGCCCUCAAGCGAGCACUCUUCAAGCCGGCUGCAUUUAUGAAGGGCAUCGUGUUGCCGCUGCUAGAGUCGGGUGAUUGUACGUUGCGUGAGGCGAUCAUCUUUGGCAGUGUUGUGGCACGCAGUUCGAUACCCGUGCUGCACUCGUCCGCCUGUCUCCUGAAGAUCUGUGAGAUGAACUAUUCAGGUGCCAAUUCGAUAUUCAUACGCUAUUUCCUCGAUAAGCGUUAUGCGUUGCCCUAUCGUGUCAUCGAUGCGGCUGUCUUUCAUUUUCUCAGAUUCGAGAACGAGCGACGGGAUUUGCCAGUGCUGUGGCAUCAGAGUCUGCUGACGUUUGCCCAGCGUUACAAGAACGACAUCUCCUCGGAGCAAAAGGAUGCCUUGCUGCAAUUGUUAAAAAAGAAAACGCAUCCAAAGAUUACGGCGGAUAUCAGAAGAGAGUUGCAGGCAGCCAAUUGCCGGGAUGUCGAAAUGAUGGAAUCAACUAAUGCAACCGCUGAGCAGCCCAUCAAAAUGUACACAGAUGCUGAUGUUGGCUACGAAGGCUAAUCAUUAAACAUCAACAACAAUUGCUUCACAUUAAUGUGCCGCAAUAGGCUUAAUUUUAGUUGCAACUUUUUCAAUUAUUUAAUUUGUGAAAAGCAUUUUCACUUCUAAAUAUAUAUUUUUUUUGGGAACUGAACAAAUUCAAA